AUGACCUCUUGCCGCAUUAAAUCAACCGCGGAAGAGCGCACCUCUCAGCCUCGCCAGUGCGAGCACGCUGCUUCAGCGGAUCAGGCAGCUGCACUUGCAGAUCUUCACGCCCGUCUCAAUGCUGCAGAGCGCGAAACCCGUCGCUGCCAAAAGCGAGCCUCUCGCGAAAUUCACGAACUGGAGCGUCUUGCUGAAGAGCAAUGCAUGCGAGCUGGAGGCUUGGCUGAACAACUUGCAUGGUUGCGGAGGCAAUAUGUGCAGUUAAAAAGCCAGGUGCUUACUGCUUUUUCAGCAAAAUUAUUGUCAUCUCAUUGCAUAAUCAACAUUAUUUUAUCAGUAAAAAGUGUAUUCACCCUAGGCCGCUUAAGGUGA